CCCGCCCCAUAGAAAGAGACUUGCAAACGUCAUGGCUUUCUCCGUCGUGUUAUUUUUCAACCAAAAGUGAGUCGAUUACAGGACCCCGUUGAGGAAUUCCACAAUGUCCUGUGGGCGUAAGCCGUGCAAAAGGACGAUAUCGCAGGAGUUCAUUUAUCAAGAGCGGUGCAAGAACGUGGCGCACGAGAAUGGGAAACGCAUAGGUUUGCAGGGAGACCCGGACCUGCAGUUUUUGCUGAAAGGUGGAGACCUAAUAAAGGUGAAGUCUAACACAUGGAGGAAGACCCGCUUCUUUCAGCUGUCCGAAGAUUGCAAGACCGUGUGGCUACAGACCAAGAAGAAAUUCAAGAAAGACUCCAGCUUCAGCCUCGGGGACAUUCAUUCUGUGCGGUAUGGGCGUCAGACUGAAGGGAUGCAGAAGUACACUGAGUCUUCAGUGGAGGACCGUUGCUUCUCCAUCGUCUUCAAGGGUCGACGGAGCAACCUAGACUUGAUAGCCUCAUCUAAAGAGGAGGCCAAGCAUUGGGUCAGCGGUCUGGAGAAGGUCAUCAACAGCAUGGGCAACCUCAACCGCCUACAGAACAGCGAACACUGGAUCUAUGACUGCAUGCGCAAGGCAGACAAGAACGCAGACAACAAAAUGAACUUGAAGGAGUUGAAGCAUUUCCUACGUCAGAUCAACAUUGUGGUGGACGACGAUUACGCUGAGGCGCUCUUCAAGAAAUGUGACACAUCACAUUCAGGCACUCUGGAGGGAUCCGAAAUUAAGAACUUCUACAAUUUGCUGACUCACCGUCAGGAAGUUGAUGUGAUAUUUGGAAAGUAUGCUCAUACUAACGGACAGAUGAGCUCCAACGACCUUUUGAACUUCCUUCAUACUGAGCAGAGGGAGCCGGUUUCUUUGGAUUAUGCACAUAAGCUUAUCGAUAAAUUUGAGGUGGAUGAAAUAGCAAAACUGAACAAACACAUGAGCAUAGAUGGUUUCCUGAUGUACCUGAACCAUGAGGAAAGCUCCAUCUUUAACCCCGCCCACAAACCAGUGUACCAAGACAUGCGCCAACCGCUCAAUCAUUACUUCAUUUCCUCUUCCCAUAACACCUAUCUGAUGGAGGACCAGCUGAAGGGGCCUAGCAGCACAGAAGCCUAUAUCAAAGCACUGACGAAGGGAUGCCGCUGUGUGGAGCUGGAUUGUUGGGACGGUGAAAACGGUGAGCCGGUCAUUUAUCACGGCCACACGCUCACAUCCAAAGUGCUCUUCAAAGACGUCAUCAAGGCCAUCAAAGAAUAUGCUUUCAAAACCUCACAAUAUCCAGUGAUCCUGUCUUUGGAGAACCACUGCACCAUACCACAGCAGAAAAUCAUGGCCCAGCACUUAUCCUCCAUCCUGGGCAGCGCUCUGCUCACUCAACCACUGGGGGAUAGCAUGCCCACUGCUUUUCCAGGACCUGAGGAGCUGAAGGGACGUAUUCUGGUCAAGGGCAAGCGUUUGAACAAACUGGAUGCAGCUUUCAACAACAACACCUCAGAGGAUGUGGACAGUGUGUCGGAGGAAGACGAGGCUGCUGAACUGAAAGAGGGUGAACCCAAACCCAAAGGCAAGACUUCCAAUAAGAUCAAGCUGGCUAAGGAGCUGUCAGAUCUGGUAAUCUACUGCAAGAGUGUCCAUUUCAGCAACUUUGAGCACUCAAGAGAUACUCAGGCCUUCUAUGAAAUGGCCUCUUUCAAGGAGAGCAAAGCAAUGAAUCUGGCGGAAAGCUCAGCUAUGGGAUUUAUUCAUCACAACAUGGAUAAGCUGAGCAGAAUCUACCCAGCCGGCAGCAGAACCAAUUCAUCCAACUACAAUCCGGUGCCCUUGUGGAACGCCGGCUGCCAAAUAGUGGCUCUAAACUUCCAGACUCCCUGUAAAGAGAUGGAUCUGAACCAGGCCCUCUUUUAUCCUAAUGGCAAUUGUGGCUACAAACUGAAGCCAGAGUUUCUGAGGGACCCGGACUCUCAGUUUGACCCCGUGAAACUCACCGUAGGCCCCUGGCUGAAGAAGAAGACCCUGCAUAUCAUGAUCAUCUCAGCCCAGCAGCUGCCUAAGAUCAAUAAGGACAAGCAGAGGUCCAUUGUGGACCCUCACGUCAAAGUGGAGAUCUACGGUGUGCCAGAUGACAAUGCCAGCAAACAGACGCAUCACAUUGAAAACAAUGGUUUCAAUCCUAUGUGGAAUACAAAAUUCCAGUUCACUGUUCAUGUGCCUGAACUGGCUUUAGUGCGGUUUGUGGUGGAGGACCAUGAUGUUGCUAAACAGAAUGAUUUGAUCGGCCUGUACACUGUCGCUUUCACCAGCAUGCAGAAUGGAUAUCGGCAUGUGCCUCUGCUCACAAAGAGAGGAAUCCUCAUUCCUUCAGCGGGACUGUUUGUACACAUCAUGGUUCUUGAUGCUUAAGAGACUGCAACAUUCCUCUCAGUCAUCUCAAUGCCAAGUGUGCAGAUCACUGAAAAGGACAAUCAACUAAAAUCCUAUGCGAACACUUUCUAGGAUAACAUUUGGACUUCCUUUUCCGAUGUGUCUUGCGGUUUACCGAUCAGCCCUCCUCACUUAUAUGAGUACCAAGAUGUCCGUCUAAGUGCUUCGUGGAAUUAGGUGUGUUUCAAUUUAGAAGGUGGGGUAAAAAGCCUUUGUUAGGCCUUUGUUGAACCUGCAGCCAAAAAAAAAAAAAA